UACUUGACACCAGUAUUGUGUCGUAGCGACACAGCAACUGCCCAUCUUUGUGGACACUCAGGAAGACAUCAGACAGAUCAUGAAGUCAUGUUUUCAAAGAAAUUGUCUAUUUAAGAAUUUGUAAAAUGGGUAAAAGAGAUAAAGGAGACCGGGAGAAGAAGUCGAAAAAGCGUUUCUAUGAGGAGGAGGACGAGGACGAAGAUGUUGUGGGAGGCGAGUCUCAGGAGGCCAUACCUGCUGCUGCGGGGAAACAAGUGGACGAGUCCAGUACCAAACUGGAUGAAUAUGGCGCCAAAGACUACCGGGUUCAGAUGCUGUUAAAGAAUGACCACUCUUCACGGCCCCUCUGGGUGGCUCCAGAUGGACACAUCUUCCUGGAAGCCUUCUCACCCGUGUACAAGUACGCCCAGGAUUUCAUGGUGGCCAUUGCCGAGCCGGUGUGCAGGCCUAACCACGUGCACGAGUACAAACUGACAGCCUAUUCGCUGUAUGCAGCUGUCAGUGUGGGACUGCAAACCUCUGAUAUUGUAGAAUACCUGCAGAAACUCAGCAAGACGUCUGUGCCGGAUGGAAUCGUGCAGUUCAUUAAGCUCUGCACGAUGAGCUACGGCAAAGUCAAGCUGGUGCUUAAGCACAACAGGUACUUUGUUGAGAGUGCCUUCCCCGACGUGAUCCAGCGGCUUCUCCAGGACUCGGUGAUCCGCGAAUGUCGUCUCCGCACUGCGGACGGAGCCGACGCGGAGCUCAUCACUGAAGUCAUCCAGAGCAAGUCGGUGAUUUCCAAGUCCAUCGAAGAAAAGGGGGCUGCUUCCACCUCACAGCAGCCCGGCGAUGGACAACCCUCCACCCAGCAGGUCCCUGACGACAUCUUCAGCUACUAUGAGCAGAUGGAUAAAGAAGAAGAGGAGGAGGAGGAGACUCAAACUGUGUCUUGUGAGAUUCGCCAGGAGAUGAUCGAAGACCUGCAGAAGCGCUGCAUUCAGCUGGAGUACCCCCUCCUGGCCGAGUACGACUUUCGCAACGACACGGUCAACCCCGACAUCAACAUCGACCUGAAGCCCACCGCUGUGCUGCGGCCCUACCAGGAAAAGAGUUUGCGCAAGAUGUUCGGGAAUGGACGCGCUCGCUCCGGGGUCAUCGUGCUGCCCUGCGGAGCGGGCAAAUCGCUGGUGGGCGUGACGGCGGCGUGCACGGUGCGUAAGCGCUGCCUGGUGCUGGGGAACUCCUCGGUGUCAGUGGAGCAGUGGAAGGCUCAGUUCAAGAUGUGGUCCACUAUCGACGACUCUCAGAUCUGCCGCUUCACCUCGGACGCCAAGGACAAGCCCAUCGGCUGCUCGGUGGCCAUCAGCACCUACUCCAUGCUGGGUCACACCACCAAGCGCUCCUGGGAGGCGGAGAGAGUCAUGGAGUGGAUGCGGAGCCAGGAGUGGGGACUCAUUAUCCUGGAUGAGGUGCACACGAUCCCUGCCAAGAUGUUUCGUCGGGUUCUGACCAUCGUCCAGGCACAUUGCAAAAUGGGUCUCACUGCCACACUGGUCAGGGAAGACGACAAGAUUGUAGACCUGAACUUCCUAAUUGGACCUAAACUAUUUGAGGCCAAUUGGAUGGAGCUACAGAACAAUGGCUACAUUGCCAAAGUCCAGUGUGCCGAGGUGUGGUGCCCGAUGUCGCCGGAGUUCUACAGAGAGUAUGUGGCCAUCAAGACCAAGAAGCGCAUGCUGUUUUAUACAAUGAACCCGAAUAAAUUCCGCGCUUGCCAGUUUCUCAUCCACUUCCACGAGCAGCGCAACGACAAGAUUAUGGUCUUUGCUGACAACGUGUUUGCAUUGAAGGAAUACGCCAUUCGCCUCAACAAACCCUACAUCUAUGGUCCGACCUCUCAAGGGGAGCGAAUGCAGAUCUUACAGAACUUCAAACACAACCCCAAGAUCAACACCAUCUUUAUCUCCAAGGUCGGAGACACCUCAUUUGACCUGCCAGAAGCCAAUGUUCUGAUCCAGAUCUCCUCCCACGGUGGAUCACGCAGACAGGAGGCCCAGAGGCUUGGCAGAGUGUUGAGAGCCAAAAAAGGAAUGGUAGCAGAGGAGUACAACGCCUACUUCUACUCACUGGUGUCCCAGGACACCCAGGAGAUGGCUUACUCCACCAAGAGACAGAGGUUCCUGGUGGACCAAGGUUACAGCUUUAAGGUGAUCACAAAGUUGGCAGGUAUGGAGGAAGAGGACUUAAUGUUCUCCUCGAGAGAGGAGCAACAGCAGCUGCUUCAGAAGGUUCUAGCUGCUUCAGACCUGGACGCUGAGGAGGAAGUAGUGGCCGGGGAAGUGGGUGGACGACCUCAGUUCUCAAGACGGACAGGAACCAUGAGCUCCAUGUCAGGUGCAGAUGACACAGUCUACAUGGAAUAUCAGAGUCGAGGCAGCAAAGCCUCUGCAUUGGGCAAAGGCAUUCAUCCACUGUUCAAGCGCUUCAGAAAGUAGAAGCACUGCCUCACACGCCGGCACUUACUCCGUUCCAACAAGGGAACAGGACAAAGUGUGAGCACAAUAAUAAUGCACAUGGACCGGAGAACGCUAGCCCUGUGUGGAAUAACCCUUUUAUAAAACCUUUUGAUGGCUACUUUUCACACAAUAAAAUGUGCCAAUUUAAAGCUGGCAUAAGCCGAUUACUAUAAUCUGUUCCUGAUGUAUACCUUAUGUGAAGAGAAUUAAAGCUAUUUCUCCGAA